AUGAACCUGAGGCUGGACACCACACUGCUAGAUUUUCGAAAUCGGGAUUGGGUUAGGGGUCAUUUGAGCAUAAUUGUUGAUGCCAGCAAACCAUUUGAGUCUCGUAUUUGCCUUAUUGACCACAAUCACCGGAGCUACCAAAUCCUUGAUGGAACGAUGACGCGCGAAAAUAGCGAUGAUUGGCUGAAUGAGACUGUUCAAACAGCCCUCCAUAUGCCGCUUGUUCGAAUGCACAUCGACUUCAGUCAGAUGAACUGCAAAAAGGACUCUUCAAAAUUUCCUUGGCGCAAGGAAAGUGUGAUUGAGAAGGUCGGCUCGUACAGUGUUCAAGUUUACUCGAUCCAACACGUAAAAAUUUGGAUAAAAAAGCGUUCAGAACACUUGACAAAAGAAGACGUGCGCUUCCUCGCCACAUUGAAUUCACAUUUCAAGCAGGGUACCGUCUCAAAUGCCGUAAAGGUUAGUCACUUAUGA